AUGACAGCCCAACAGCCAUCUCUUAGCACGCCGGGAGGCAUCUCGGAUCCUGCGCUCAUCACGCUUGUAAACAAGUUACAGGAUGUAUUUGCAACAGUCGGAGUGACGAACCCUAUUGAUUUGCCGCAGAUCGUCGUCGUGGGCAGUCAGUCAAGCGGAAAGAGUUCCGUGUUGGAAAACAUCGUUGGACGAGAUUUCCUACCUCGUGGAUCAGGUAUUGUUACUCGAAGACCGCUCGUUCUCCAGCUUCACAACCGGCCCGCAUCCCAGUCGAAUGGUGUCAACGAAGAGAUCGCAGGAGGGACCGACAAACAUGCCAAUGCAGACGAAUGGGGAGAGUUCCUCCACAUCACGGGCCAAAAGUUUUACGACUUCAACAAAAUCAGGGACGAGAUCACACGGGAGACGGAAGCCAAGGUCGGCCGGAACGCUGGCAUCUCGCCUCAGCCCAUCAACUUGCGGAUCUACUCACCAAACGUCCUGACUUUGACGCUUGUUGAUCUGCCCGGUCUCACAAAGGUGCCGGUGGGCGACCAGCCGCGGGACAUUGAGAAGCAGAUCAGGGAGAUGGUCAUGAAAUACAUUUCUAAGCCGAAUGCUAUCAUCUUGGCCGUCACCCCUGCAAACAGCGAUCUCGCCAACUCGGACGGUCUGAAGAUGGCCAGGGAGGUGGAUCCGGAAGGACAGAGGACCAUUGGUGUCCUCACCAAGGUGGACUUGAUGGACGAGGGCACCGAUGUCGUUGACAUUCUCGCCGGUCGCAUCAUCCCCUUGCGGUUGGGAUACGUCCCCGUGGUCAACCGUGGCCAGCGUGAUAUCGACAACAAGAAGCCCAUUCAAGCUGCCCUGGAAAAUGAAAAGAACUUUUUCGACAACCACAAGGCAUACCGUAACAAGAGCUCUUACUGCGGUACUCCGUACCUCGCGCGCAAGCUCAACCUAAUUCUGAUGAUGCACAUCAAGCAGACGCUUCCUGAUAUCAAGGGACGCAUCUCCAGCUCGCUACAGAAGUACAGCGCGGAACUCGAGAGUCUGGGUCCCUCGAUCCUUGGCGACAGCACGAAUAUUGUUCUCAAGGUCAUCACCGACUUCAGCGGAGAGUGGAAGGCUGUUUUGGACGGUAACAAUACCGAGAUCUCCGGGCAGGAGCUCUCUGGAGGUGCCCGCAUUAGUUUUGUGUUCCAUGAGCUCUACGCCAAUGGUAUCAAGGCCAUCGAUCCCUUUGACGUGGUCAAGGACCAGGAGAUCCGCACAUUCAUCUACAACUCGUCAGGUCCAUCGCCUGCGCUCUUUGUUGGAACCGGUGCCUUUGAGCAGAUCGUCAAGAAGCAGAUUGCACGCCUGGAGGAACCCAGCCUCAAGUGCAUAUCUCUUGUUUAUGAUGAGCUGGUGCGGAUCCUGUCGCAACUGCUUGCCAAGCAGCUGUAUAGGCGGUACCCGCAACUGAAGGAGAAAUUUCACCAGGUGGUCGUGGCCUUUUUCAAGAAGGCCAUGGAGCCGUCUGUGAAGUUGGUCAAGGAUCUGGUGGCCAUGGAGGUGUGCUACAUCAACACUGGCCACCCCGACUUUUUGAACGGUCACCGUGCCAUGGCUAUUGUAAAUGAACGCAUGAAUCCCAAGCCCGUUACCCAGGUGGAUCCCAAAACUGGCAAGGCCAUCUCUACCACGCCUGCACGGACGGCCAGUCCUGGUGUCCCAGACACUGGGGACGGCAACAGCGGUUUCUUUGGCAGUUUCUUUGCCGGAAAGAACAAGAAGAAGGCUGCUGCCAUGGAGCCGCCGCCACCGAUGCUGAAGGCUUCAGGUAACCUGUCAGAGCGCGAGGCUAUGGAAGUCGAGGUCAUUAAGCUUCUGAUUGCUUCAUACUUUAACAUUGUCAAGAGAACCAUGAUCGACAUGGUACCCAAGGCCAUUAUGCUGAACCUUGUGCAGUACACGAAAGAAAACAUGCACGCGGAACUCCUUUCAAGCAUGUACAAGAACGAGCAGCUGGAUGAUCUGCUCAAGGAGAGCGAUUAUACGAUCCGCAGGAGGAAAGAGUGUCAACAAAUGGUGGAGUCUUUGUCGCGCGCGCAGGAGAUUGUCGGACAGGUGCAGUAA